GGAGAAGCAGGUGGGGAACAGUUGAAGACGGGUGGUGGUUUUGUUGGCCCUGUACUUGGUUUAGGCUGACUCCCUGUGGAUUCAGCUUGACAGCCGAAGUCGCUGCAAAGGGAAUCUCAAGGGGUCAAUAUCUACGGCAUCAUCAUGUCAGCGUGGAUCAAACGUGGAAGUUACAACCAUGAAUACCACCACAAACAGAGCCAGUAUGUGGUUAAAGAAUAUAGCAGCUCUGAGGCGAUGGAGGAAAGAUAUGAGCACAAAACAAAAACCCGCAUCCAGGAAGUGGUAAGAACAAAAUUGGAUGACAAAUAUGUGCGUGAGGAGCCCAUGAUCAGGGGACCAAAGUUCCUGGUCCGACUCAGAUCCCACAUGGUGUUUGAAAACACUCCAGUCAAAAUCUUCUGUACUGUUGAGGGCUUCCCCAUGCCUGUUGUAAAAUGGUAUAAAGAUGGAAUGAUCCUGGACUUGUCUUCUGGAAGAUAUCUGGUUGAAGCCAAAGGUGGAAUCCACUCCCUGGAGAUCCCAAGAUGCUCAACUGACGAUACAGCUCAGUACACUGCUAUGGCUGUAAACCUCCAUGGACAAGCCUCCAGUCAGGCCUCCAUUAUUGUGAAGAGAUUCAAGCAGGAGGAAGAGUCCUGUUCAUAUGCAUGGCUGCCUUAUGAAGCUUCUAUGCUUCCAAAGAUCCAUUACACUAAAAUCCACAUUACUUUUUUGGAGAUGUUUGGACCAGUGUUUGCUACCGAGGGUGAAUCUGCCACCCUUUCUGCUACCAUGACCCUGGAGCCCAACCUGGCAAACCUACAGCCUGAGGCACAGUGGUACAGAGAUGACACUCGUCUGUUUGACUCUAAAUGGGUGAAGAUUGAAACUGGUAGAGGAUUCAGCAAAUUGACUCUUCCAAAUCUCUACAAAGAUGACGAGGGUCUCUAUACCCUGCGCAUGGUCACUAAAGGAGGCACCGCAGAACACAGCGCCUUUGUCUCAGUCGCAGAUGGUCCUCCUCCAGUCCCUGCUGCACCUGGUGCUCCUAUGGACAUCAAGAUCCAUGAUGCCAACAGAGACUAUGUCAUUGUGUCAUGGAAGCCUCCUAAUACAACUACAGAGGGUCCAAUCCUGGGAUACUUUGUCGACAAAUGUGAGGUUGGAACUGAAAACUGGACCCAAUGUAACGAUCACCCCAUAAAGAUCUGCAAAUAUCCGGUGUCUGGGCUGUUUGAAGGGCACUCCUUCUACUUCAGAGUCAGAGCUGUUAACUCCCAUGGAAUCAGCAAACCUUCUCGUAUGUCUGAUCCCAUCACUGCAAUGGACCCCACUGAGUUUGAGAGGCUUCACGCCAAAAGGCUUGGAGGAAGACUGGAUAUCGUGUCUUACCAUGACGAAGUUGAAGCUGAAGGAAAGCCUCCAGGUGUUCCAUCAGGAAUUAAUGCCUCAGAAACAGACAGGACCUAUGUUGUUUUGAGCUGGAAAGCCCCAGCGUACACCAGCAGCGCUCCCAUGUGGUACUACAUAGAAAAGUUGCUCAAUUUUAGGUAUAAAGAUGGAAUGAUCCUGGACUUGUCUUCUGGAAGAUAUCUGGUUGAAGCAAAAGGUGGAAUCCACUCCCUGGAGAUCCCAAGAUGCUCAACUGACGAUACAGCUCAGUACACUGCUAUGGCUGUAAACCUCCAUGGACAAGCCUCCAGUCAGGCCUCCAUUAUUGUGAAGAGAUUCAAGCAGGAGGAAGAGUCCUGUUCAUAUGCAUGGCUGCCUUAUGAAGCUUCUAUGCUUCCAAAGAUCCAUUACACUAAAAUCCACAUUACUUUUUUGGAGAUGUUUGGACCAGUGUUUGCUACCGAGGGUGAAUCUGCCACCCUUUCUGCUACCAUGACCCUGGAGCCCAACCUGGCAAACCUACAGCCUGAGGCACAGUGGUACAGAGAUGACACUCGUCUGUUUGACUCUAAAUGGGUGAAGAUUGAAACUGGUAGAGGAUUCAGCAAAUUGACUCUUCCAAAUCUCUACAAAGAUGACGAGGGUCUCUAUACCCUGCGCAUGGUCACUAAAGGAGGCACCGCAGAACACAGCGCCUUUGUCUCAGUCGCAGAUGGUCCUCCUCCAGUCCCUGCUGCACCUGGUGCUCCUAUGGACAUCAAGAUCCAUGAUGCCAACAGAGACUAUGUCAUUGUGUCAUGGAAGCCUCCUAAUACAACUACAGAGGGUCCAAUCCUGGGAUACUUUGUCGACAAAUGUGAGGUUGGAACUGAAAACUGGACCCAAUGUAACGAUCACCCCAUAAAGAUCUGCAAAUAUCCGGUGUCUGGGCUGUUUGAAGGGCACUCCUUCUACUUCAGAGUCAGAGCUGUUAACUCCCAUGGAAUCAGCAAACCUUCUCGUAUGUCUGAUCCCAUCACUGCAAUGGACCCCACUGAGUUUGAGAGGCUUCACGCCAAAAGGCUUGGAGGAAGACUGGAUAUCGUGUCUUACCAUGACGAAGUUGAAGCUGAAGGAAAGCCUCCAGGUGUUCCAUCAGGAAUUAAUGCCUCAGAAACAGACAGGACCUAUGUUGUUUUGAGCUGGAAAGCCCCAGCGUACACCAGCAGCGCUCCCAUGUGGUACUACAUAGAAAAGUGCAUGGCAGACAGUGGCGCAUGGCAGCGCGUUAACACCCAGGUCCCUAUUCGAUCUCCUCGUUAUGCUGUCUUUGACCUGGCAGAGGGAAAACAAUAUAAGUUCAGAGUUUUGUCUGCCAACAUUUAUGGGACCAGUGAGCCAUCAGAGCCAACUGGACCUAUUCAGACUCAGGAACUCAAAGGCGUACCAUCUGCUCCUGGUCAGGUGAUUGCGACAAGGGAAACAGAUACCUCUGUCCUCAUCCAAUGGGCUCCUCCAAAGGAACCUAAUAAUUUGAUUGGUUAUUACAUUGACCAGUGUGUGCAAGGAUCCAAGAAUUGGACCUCAGCCAAUCACAAACCUCACAAGAACGCCAAGUUUGUGGUUAGUGGUUUGACCACAGGAGAAACCUACAUGUUCCGCGUCCAGGCUAUCAAUGAGCUGGGUCUCAGUGAUGAAUCCCAGGAGUCAGCACCUUUGACUGUUAAGGCUGCCCUUACCACCCCAUCUGCUCCUUAUGACAUUGCACUGCUGUACUGCGACGGCCAUUCAAUGAUCCUGAACUGGAAGAAGCCUCUUCGCUCUGGAGGAGCAAAGAUCAAAGAGUAUUAUGUGGACAAAAGACGUAGCGGAACAACCAUGUGGAGGGAGGUUCAUAUCCCACCAAUCACAGAGAGAGUUUAUAAGGUGGAGAACUUGACAGAGGGAGCAGUCUAUCAGUUCCAGGUUUAUGGAGCCAACCUGGCUGGUCUUGGACCAGCGUCCAAACAUUCAGAAGACCUUACAUGUGAUGCCUGGACAAUGCCAGAACCUGGCCCAGCCUAUGACCUGACCUUUUGUGAAGUGAGAGAUAAUUCAUUGGUGGUUGAGUGGCAAAAGCCUGUCUACACUGGUUCUGAACCAAUCACAGGCUACCAUGUUGAGUAUGCCAAGAAGGGUACUGCUAACUGGAUCACAGCCAAUGAAAAAGCUGCCAGUCACCGCUUCCUAAAGGUAACAGGUCUGGAGGUGGGCACUACCUAUGUGUUCAGAGUGCGUGCAGUCAAUGCUGCUGGAGUGGGUAUGGCCUCAAUGGCCUCUGACCCUGUGACUGCCAAGGCCGUGGCAGGUUCCCAGGAGGUGUCCUGUGUGGUGGAUGAGAAGUCAGGUGACAUUGUUCUGUCAUUCGAGUCCUGCCAGAUAAACGAAGGCUCCAAGUUCAUCUGGAAGAAAGAUUAUAAAGAAAUCACAGAUUUCUCUAAAGGGGUAGUGAUUAAAUCCGAGGGCACCCACUCUAAGCUGAUCUUCAAGAACCCAGAUAAGGAGGACUUUGGGACGUAUUCUGUUUCUGUCACAAACACAGAGGGAGUGUCAUCCAGCUACACAAUCUCUAAUGAAGAGUUGGUAAAGAUGCUGGCGCUCAGUUAUGAUAUCAGACACCCAGUCAUCCCGCUGAAGUCUGAGUUGGCCUAUAAGAUUCUGGAGAGAGGCCGAAUGAGGUUCUGGCUGCAGGCUGAGGAGAUUUCUUCCAAUGUCACCUACAAAUUCUUUGCAAACAACAAGGAACUGUCUGGAGCUGAUCCCAACAAGAUGGCUCAUGACGUCGCUACAGGGAUCAUUGAGUUCAUCAUGGAUCAUUUCACUGAGGAGAAUGAGGGGACAUAUACCUGCCAGAUCACAGAUGGAGGAGGAAAGGCACAGAGCUCACUGGUUCUGAUUGGAAAUGCUUUCAAGGCAGCACUGGCUGAGGCUGAUUUCCAGAGGAGAGAGUACAUCAGAGUCAAAGAGGGCCCCCACUUUAGUGAGUUUCUAUCACUUCAGAUUGGGGAUGACUGCUCUGUCACUUUGGUCUGCAAGGUUGCUAACUUGAAGAAGGAAUCAGUGUUUCACUGGUUUAGAGAAGACACGGAGAUCAUCCCGGAUGUAAAACCUGACCUGGGAUCAGGAGUCUGUAAACUGCCAAUUAAAGAGUUUUCACUGAAGACAGCAGGAAUUUACAAAGCCACCAUCAGUGAUGACAGAGGAAAAGAUAUGAGCCAAAUAAACAUUUCUGGAAAAGUCUUUGACGAUGCCAUAAACAAGCUCAGCCAACUGGCUGGAGCCAGUGCAGCAGAGCUUGUGAUAAACUGCACAGCAACAGGCAUUCAGCUGCAGUGUCACAUGAAGUAUUACACCUCAGAGAUGAACAUCACCUGGUAUCAUGGUGAGACUAAACUCUCCCACAGUGACAAGAUUGUGAUUGGUGGAACCCCGGCUAUGGCAACAAUGGAGGUAGUUGAACCAGUGGAGAAGGACAAGGGCAAGUACUCCAUCGUGAUCACUGACCCUGAAAACUCACAUAAACGCACACUGGACCUCAGCGGUGAUGUAUAUGAGAAAGCCUUUGCAGAGUUCCAGAAACUAAAGGCCGAGGCAUACGCUGAGAAGAACCGUGGUAAGGUGGUGGGAGGACUGCCUGAUGUGGUCACCAUUAUGGAAAAGAAGACUUUGAGUUUAACAUGUACAGUGUGUGGAGACCCCAAACCUCAGGUGUCAUGGCUGAAGAACGGAUCGGAAGUCGAGCCUGAUGAUCAGUAUGUGGUCUCCCUGGACCAGGGCAAGUUUGCCAGUCUGACGAUCAAAGGCGUUUCCAUGGAGGAUUCUGGCAGAUAUACCAUGAUUGUCCAGAAUAAAUAUGGAGGAGAGUCUGUGGAUAUAGUGGUCAGUGUGUAUCGCCAUGGGGAGAAAAUCCCUGAGGCAAAACCAACUCUGACCCCUAAAACAAUCAUCCCACCUAAAUUACCAAUCGAGAUCCCUCAGCCUAAGACUCAGCCUGCUCCGAGCGCUGCCCCUUCAACUCCUAGCCCUGCCGCUCCUAAGGCAGCACUGGGAAGAGGGGUGAAGAGUCCUACUCCAAGUCGGAGGAAGUGAAAAGCAAGGCAGAAGAAACGCAAUCACUGGUGCACAAUUAGAACACACAUAGCUGAGAAGCCUUUAUUGGUGUUCUCUAUCUGGACUGAAAUGGAGCUAAUACUCUUUGCAUUAAAUUAGAGCAUCAAGAAAACCCUGACACAUGAAAUAAAUCUUGCAAUUGUGAUGGAAAGAAAAAAAUUGUUUCAAUGUGAAAUCAUUGUAUAAAAUUAUACUAGAAUAAUAAAAAGCUAGGCACUAUCUAAACAUGAGGAAAUUAGAAAUUAAUUGAAAUGAACUCGAAUAAAGCUACAAAUUGAAUAAAACUUUCUGAAGAAAGAGUGAAA